CAUAAAUGUGUAGCUAUACAUUUCUCCUUCUGUAAAUUAUUUUCUACUAAUACUUAGGUGAAACCAACUUCCCAGCAAAUCCUUUAGUAUGAGUAGCCAACCCCAUUUUUAAAAUUUGUUACUGCCUUUUGUCUUUUUGUUAGUUUAAUAUUCUUUGAAGUAGUACAUUUGUAUAUUAAAACGGGUCUUACUGAAUUUUACCACCUUUUCUUUCUCCAUUGCUUGCCUUGUAAUUCAAAAAUCAGCUUUGGGAUGAAAUCUGGUCAGAUCUUGCUUUGUUGGUUGUGGAUUUUGGUAGUACUUAUUUCAUUACAAAGCCAAAUCUCCCCAACUCUAAACUCCUCUUCUUCCUCCUCAUCAUCAUAACACAAAGACCAACAAAGAAUCAUAACCCCAACAAGAAAUUAAGUUAAAAAACCAAACUCUAUAUUACUCUCUGUACGUUGUUUUACUCAAAUAAUUAAUUUGCAGCAAUGGGAAUGGCAGCUGCAGAGGCACAGUUUCAUGUUUUAGCUGUUGAUGAUAGCUUAAUAGAUAGAAAGCUCAUUGAGAGGCUCUUUAGAACCUCUGCUUGCCAAGUUACUACUGUGGAUUCUGGAAGUAAAGCUUUAGAAUUUUUGGGGUUACACCCAAAUCCCCCUUGUGUUUAUCCUCCUAACCAUCAGGAAGUGGAAGUAAAUCUUAUUAUCACAGACUACUGUAUGCCUGGGAUGACAGGCUAUGAUUUGCUCAAAAAAAUUAAGGAAUCUUCAUCUUUGAGAAACAUUCCAGUAGUCAUUAUGUCAUCUGAGAAUGUUCCUUCAAGAAUCAGUAGAUGCUUAGAAGAGGGGGCGGAAGAAUUUUUCUUGAAACCAGUCAGACUAGCAGAUGUCAAUAAGCUUAAACCCCAUAUGAUGAAAACUAAAUGCAAAAGCUUUCAUGAACCUGACAAAAUUGUCACAAAGGAAAAUCAAGAAUCAGCAGAAAUAGAAAAUGUUUCAUCAGAGCCACAGCCAAAAACAGACACAGACACAGAACAAAUACUGGAAAUUCAACAACCUCAAGGCAAUAGUAAUAAGAGGAAGUCCAUGGAAGAAGGUCUAUCACCAAAGAGAACAAGGCCUAGAUACAGUAGCCUAACUGCAGUCUGAUCUUAUGAUGCAAAUAUUUGUUUUUUGUUUUUUGAAUCAGAUAACUUUGUUUUUCUCUUUAUAACAUUUUUUUAGUUAUAUAAUUUGGACCGUACUUAGAUUUAAGAGAAGUGUAGGAGGAGAAAUGGAGAGAGGGAAAUAGAGGUGAGAUUGUUUCAUCUUAGUAAGAUGAAAUUCACCCUUCAAAAAAAGAAGCAUUUCAGCCAAUUUUGUUUGCUAAUGUGAGAAUCAUUGUAGAUAGAACUGUAUUGACAUUUUCUUUUGUAAAUGGACAAGCAUUAAUACAAAAAAGUGGUAUGCUUUCUUUACUCUUUUGUUUUAUACUUAGUUCUUUUUUUUAAGCCAUCACCACAGGUUACAUGCACCUAUGGUGUUAGGGGUUUGGCUUGACCCCUACCUCAUAUAUUAGAAUCCAAAAGGUGAAAACAUGAACGAGGGGGACAUAGGCCUUACCUCCGCAAAACACUUACUGAGGCUACUCGAUACUUUACAUCUCUGAAGCUCCCAAAAAACUUGGAAUUGGUUAGUGUAAGUAUACAUGUCACACCUACAAUUAAACAACCUAUCACAGCUAUCCUGAGAAGGUGAUCCAAGAGAG